AUGUCGACAUGGGGAGAACACUUCAGGGUCACCACCUAUGGUGAAUCCCACUGCCGCUCCGUCGGCUGCAUCGUUGACGGUUGCCCCCCGGGUAUGGAACUUACGGAGAACGACAUCCAGCCUCAGAUGACUCGCAGACGUCCAGGCCAGAGCGCUUUGACUACUCCUCGCAAUGAAAAGGACCGGGUAGAGAUUCAGUCGGGAACGGAGUUUGGUGUCACCCUGGGAACCCCAAUUGCCAUGGUGGUCCGCAAUGAGGACCAGAGACCCAAGGAUUACGGUGGCAGCACGAUGGACUUGUACCCUCGUCCCAGCCAUGCCGAUUUGACCUACCUGGAGAAAUACGGUGUUAAGGCCAGCAGUGGUGGUGGCCGUAGCAGUGCCCGAGAGACAAUUGGCCGUGUUGCUGCCGGUGCUAUCGCGGAAAAGUACCUCACUCUUUCGCACAACGUUGAGAUCGUGGCGUUUGUCUCAUCGGUGGGCAACGAACACCUCUUCCCCCCGACUCCCGAACACCCAACCCCGUCGACCAACCCCGAAUUCCUGAACCUCGUCGAGAAGAUCGACCGCAACACGGUAGACUCGUUCGCCCCGACCCGCUGCCCUAGCGAGGAGGCUGCAGCACGCAUGACCAAGGUGAUUGAGCACUUCCGGGACAACCACGACAGCAUCGGCGGUACCGUGACCUGCGUGAUCCGCAACGUCCCAGUCGGACUGGGCGAGCCCUGCUUCGACAAGCUCGAGGCCAAGCUCGCUCACGCCAUGCUCAGUAUCCCCGCCACCAAGGGCUUCGAAAUUGGAUCUGGCUUUGGCGGCUGUGAAGUCCCCGGAUCUAUCCACAACGACCCCUUCGUCGCUACCGAAGUGCAAACCCGCGACGGCACCAAGCAGCGUCUGACCACCAGCUCCAACAACUCGGGUGGUAUCCAGGGUGGUAUCUCCAACGGAGCCUCCAUCUACUUCCGCGUCGCUUUCAAGCCCGCAGCCACUAUCGGUCAGGCCCAAAACACCACAAAAUACAACUUCGAAGAAGGUGUCCUGGAAGCCAAGGGCCGUCACGACCCCUGCGUCGUCCCCCGUGCUGUCCCCAUCGUCGAAGCCAUGUCUUCUUUGGUCGUCAUGGAUGCCCUCAUGGCACAGUACGCCCGCGAGAGCGCGAAGAACCUCCUCCCGCCUUUGUCCAACACCCUUCCAACUCGCCCCACGCUUGGUAAAACCGAUGCAUCUGCUUAA